GCGGAAAGUGCGGCGUGCACACUGUAACCCUAGAGUGUGUUAGUUUAUUGUCAAUUUGCAAAGUUCUCGGAGAAAAUCAAAACAAAUCGGCGACGCUACGAAUAUAUUGGCACCCAAUCCCAGCCGCUUCCCGAAUUCACACAGAAAACCCAAAAGCGUUGCUGAAAUGUACAUAUAAAUGUACUUAUUUUGCGUACGCACAUGCCUUAUUUGCACAAAUCCCAAGUGAAUGUUUAACUUCUAUAAGUAAUAUUGAGGUCGACAUCUGAGGAUAAAAGAUGGCUUCCAAUUCGACGAAGAAAAGUAAAUCCUCUGGUAUGCGCAUGUUGUGGAUACCGGGCCGAAAGUCUCAUUCCAAGGGUCGCUUUAGUACUACCAACAAACACAUCUCUUACUCUGGUCCGCAAAAGAAAAGCGAGGUGUGGUCCCUGGGCGGCAGCAAGGCACAGUCCGAGCUGAUUGACUUACCAUCGUCCGAUUUGGCAGGGGAAGGUAAUAUCCAUGCACCCUCAUCCCUGAGUCUUGUGGCCACUUGCUCACUGGCCGCUCAAAGCGGCAAAAGCGAAUGCGCUUCGUCCACUGAUGGUUCAUCGGCCAUCGUUUCGGAGACUGCCACUCUGCCGGCCACCCCCGUAACCACACACUCUCCAAACCUAAGACCCACGUCCUCUCUAUCGGAGAUUGCACCCUCUACUCCAUCCACCAGGGCCAUGACUUCGCCGAAUGUCAUUACCACCGCCGAGAUACAGGACUUUCCCAACUUCAUGGAUCCCGGAAACUUGCCAAAAGUACCAGCCGGAGCUGGAGAAACGGAGGUGGUGCUAAAUAGCUCGGCGGGAACCACAGCCUCGAUAGCAACGACCUCCUCGCCGCUGGCACAAGGAGCGCAGGACGCGGCCCAUUCUCAGCAGACCACGCCACAGAAGACUAAAUAUAAGAACCAUAAUAAUAAUCAGGAGGAUAUCAACUCCAUAGAAAGCAUUUCCAGUUUUCCACGCUUUCAGGAAAACGCCACCGAAUUUGAUUGGAUCGACGAGAUGGUGCAGCAGCGCAACUGCAACGAGAUGAUGCACAAGAACAAGCGUAAGAAGGCGUCCAAGAAGGGCACCCUCGAUAGCAGUCUGCAGUCUGAGGCCGAUCAGCUAGACGGCCAGCUGUACAGCUACAAUAUCAAUGACAAGGCCAAACUCAAUUCGUCCAAGGGCAAUGAUGAAGACGAUGAAAAGGUUGUCAAAUGUCUGUAUUACUCGCUCAUGUGCUGCGAUUGUACGAUUUCGUAACGAGUAACGAGUUUGAAUACUGCGAGAUCCAUGUAAAAUACCUCUCAACUACCUAUGUAAAAAGACAAAUUCAUAUAUAUAUAUAUUUGAUUUUUGAUACUUAGGCAUAUAACUAUAUAAUCUCUGCAACACAAGACACAGAAAACGAAGGAAAAUAAAGUAUUAACGAAUUUAUAAUGAUUUACAUGGAAGAUAUACACGUAUCUAUACAUUA